AUGCGAUUUGCAGCAAUCCGCAAUCCGCUUUGGACAUUCGAUGUUGUACUCGUUGACGAUUCCCAUGACAGUUGGGACUUCUUUGGUCGCGAAAAGGAAGACACUUACCACCUAGAGUUAAGCAGGGUUGUAGUGGUGAAUUCGAUUUAUUAGGGAGGACAUUGACACUCCGCAUGGUUAUCUCCAAGACGUCGAGGACAUUUUCUCUUUCAGCAUCCGUGGCGGACUGUAGUAGGUACAUAAAUGCAAUAAAGGCGAAGAAGCCGAUUGAAACAGGCGAUGGAUUAUGGUGCACAGGAAGAUGCAUGAAUGGUGCGCACUCUUGUUCUAAUUCUGGAGCCCUUGAAAAAGCUUGAUGCUGUUACGACUUCGACGCUGCACAAAACUACCGAGGCAGAGGCGCGGUUUUUCACGACUGAAACUUCUCCCUCAUCGCCUACCACUGCGAGUACCUCUCCAGCAC